CGCAGCGUACCGACCGUGCGUGUGCAUAAACUUGUGGCACAGACGGAUUGAAAAAUUUAGUUUUCUUUUCAUUCUUUUAUUUGAUCUAUUUUCACACAAAAUCGUACCGCGUUUUGAACAAAAGAUUGCAACCUUUAUUAACUGAAAAUGCCACCAAGCUCUUGCUAUUGGACUCGCAAGUUGGAGCUCGAAUUGGUUGAUUUCAUUCGCGAAAGAGAAUUCGUUUGGAAGCCUGUUGGCAAUACAAAUCACCAUAUUCAGCAGAAGUACAAGGCGUUCGCAGAGUUUGCGGCUCGGCUGGGGCGUGGAUUCACUGCUCGCUCAGUCAGAGACCGUUGGGUGAACAUCCGCAGCACGUUCAAUCACAACCUCCGGAGAGUGGAAAGGUCGAAGGAGACAGCGCAGACAUUGGAUCAGGUGUACGUCCCUUGCUGGCCGCUGUGGAAACCAUUGCAGUUUCUACGAGAAGUGGCAAGAAGUGACGAUGUCAAAUAUGAGGGUUAUCAAUCUGGACAAUUAGCACCAUACACAGUUGAACAGCAAGUCGAAGUCAAGCAAGAAUCCCAGUCUGAUUUUGACGAUAAUGGCUUACUGAGAAUAAGGCAACGGGGCCAACGAACCGACAGGCCCCGGAGAAAAGCAGUCUGUUCUAAAGUACAGACAAGCAAAUGCACAAAAGUUAUAGACAAUCUUGUGAAAUCCAUGGAGCCUUUAGUCAACAAAGAGCCAAAUCGUGAAACAUAUCGAUUCUUCGGCAAACAUGUAACAGAACAGCUUAAUGCCAUGAGAGAAAAAGAUGCUGAGUGCGCUGCGGCUGAUAUCAUGAAGCUUCUGGAAAAUAUUAGGAGCAAUACCUAAAGAAACAUCAACUGUGUGUCUGGUGUAAUUUUCUUUGUAUCUAUGAUACAAAAUGCCCUUAUGGAGGAGAUAUUCAAUCAAUACAAUUGAUACAAAUGACAUCAAAAAUCAUGUACAUGUUGUGUGCAUGUGUCGGCAUAUAAACUCUCAAGCGUCAUAAAAAUAUGUUGAACCUGUUAUUGGUUGUCCCCUCGUGUUUCACUUGGUUGCUUAUGGCAAACAGGUUUUAUGAGACUGGAAAUAUUACUGUGGGAAUCUCAUUUCCUCACCUUAAACGUUUAUGUCAGUCUGCUGUCGUCGUUGGCUUGUAUUUUGUGGUUCUUCAAAUGUGAGUUGGUCAGGUUUUAGCUUUCUCAUUGAAGUAAUUUUAUAAAUGGAAAUUGAAACAAAUUUUCAGUUGUUGUUGUUGUUGUAGUUGUGUAUUUAUUUGCAAAAAAAAUAUGAUUGUCAAAAAUAAUAAUGCUGAAAAAUAUGUUUAGCAACAGUUAAUCUAUGCAGAUCUCUUUAUGAAAUACAUAAAGAUUAAAUUAAAAUAUUGGUAUAGGAAGAAGGCUUCGUUGUUUCUAAAUGUGUUGUCUUUGGUCUUUAUUUCAUAUCUCAUUUGGUAGUAAUAAUAAAAAAAAAUGCAUAAAACAUUUAUUUCUGCACUUACUGGUUGCAAACUUUACCUCGUUCUGCAUUAGAAAACAGUCUGACUGAAUAUUGUAGUACGUUUUAACGACUUUUAACGUUGUGUCCCAUAAAAAUAAAGCAAUAAAAUUCUGAAUGUUUAUAGCCAUACCAUAGGCUUUCGAACGAUUUGAAUUCUUCUCUGUCUGAUGCAACAAAACAUUAUAUUUUAUGGCUUACCGCAUGUUUUCACUAAACCAGUUUGUCAGAUGUUUGGAAUUUGGGAAAUAUUGUAAUUGAUGUGGUUGUAUAAAAUCAUUAUUUAUAAAAUUCUUGCAUUAAGUUGCACUUCUGUUCUUCACUUGACUUUUUCGAAUCAGUUGAUAUUUUCGGUAAAUCAACAAAAUAACAAUUUUUUUCUAUUGAAAAAACUCAAGUACAUAAUGUUGUCUCAAUACUCUUCCUGCAGCUUUUGUGCUUCAUACAAAUUGGUAUACUUUAUAUGAAAGAAACUCCAAUCUUCAAAACUUUUUUUUUUCUGAACAAAAUAUGUAUGGGCGAGCUGCGUAUUUGAUUUUUAAAAACACUAAGAAUAAUUUACAUAAUUAUGCCCGAAGUUGAAACAUAACGUUGCGGUAUAAUUAAUUUUAACAGGUUUAAACGGGAUCCGUGGUCACAGGCUGACCACGGCCGGUGCAUCCCGGUUGAAACAUCAGGCAAAUAUUUACCUAACCGCUUAUCGAGUUAAUAAAACCUGUUAUAAUUUUAACAGGUUUUAACUCGCGAAAGUUUUAAUGUCGCGGUGUUUCUAUACUUCGAAUACAGGCUUUACUCGGCUCUGCUACCACUAUGGUGAGCCAAUUGCCAACAUUGUUAAACAAUAGUUAUACUGACAUACACUUCAGCCGAUCAGUUGUCCUUUGUUAAGGUGGACAAUACAUAAUUCUGGUAACGGGCGUUUGUUCAUUGUUAUACUUGUUUUCCAUGAAGCGUUUAUCACGUUUGGUGGACCAAGUGCGAUUACAUUUCAAAGAGUGCAUUGUUCUCAGGUUCUUGGUAUAACGUCGUUGUAUUUGUUUGUAUUUCAUAUUUGUACCCCCUUACUAAUAAAACUUACACGCUCGUUGAACAGUGUUUUAAAGUGACGUUUAGUAUGGAAAUGUCAUUUUAAAACAGUGUUCAGCAACUGUAACUUUUUAUUAGUAAAGGGGUUACUGUUUACUUACCAUAAAGUUGGUCAGUUGGAUUGUUUUUAUUCGUCGGAAAUUCUCGGAACGCAAUAUGUAAUUCCGCUUUAUUAUUUAUCUACGCCGCCAUUGCUAAUAAAAU